GUGAAAUAUUCGUGCGGUGAACUCGAUCCACGGGAAAGCUUUUGUAACAUUUUCAAUAUAUUACCGCUAACAUUUGCAUGCAUGGGUUUGCAUGUGUACUGAGGUAAACACCGUUGUAGAAUGGGCUCACUCUUGGCGUUAGCUUGCGACGGAGUUGGGGCGGCAUCACGAAAAGAUAAUUUGUUGGCUCGCUAAAAUAAGAUAAUUCUGACAAUUUUGAGGACUGCUCGCGCAGCAUACUGAGAAACACUUGCAGUCAGAAUGGCUGAGAAUAACACCAUUACGUUAACCAUCUUCCUCAAUACAGUGGUUGGUUUGCCGUCCUUUAAAACGUUCUGUGCCUACAUGUUUCUGGUGCUGAUGUCGCCUCUGUGGCAGGCCAUGACCAAGCCAGUAUUCGUCAGACCGGUACUAGUUGUGUACAACUUCAUCUGCUGUUUUGUAAGCAUCUGCACCUUCCUCGGAUUUGUCUAUUUCGGUUUCAUCAAAAGUCCGUCAAUCUACGAUAUGAAACCCGCAGAGGGCUUGGGAAAAGUGUACUACCUGUACUACUUUACGAAGAACUUAGAACUGAUGGACACUGUCUUCAUGGUGCUUAGACAUAAACAACGCCAGAUCUCCUUCCUACACGUGUUUCAUCACAGUUCCAUGGUAAUGCUGAGUAACUUUGCUGCCGCCUACACCCCGUGGCCGGCAAUAGCUUUCUACCUCAGCAUGAACAGCUUUGUCCAUAUCUGUCUCUACAUCUAUUACGGGAUGGCCGCCAUGUGUCCUGACGACCCACCUCAAUGGAAAAAACAAGUCACCCAACUUCAAAUAGCCCAGUUCUUGAUCGGAUCUUGUUUCGGCGUCUACGGGUAUCUCAACCAUAGUUUCUGCAUCUAUUCCAUUCUGUAUGCACUUAUCAUGACUGUGUUAUUUUCAAACUUUUACUACCAUUCCUAUGUCGGUAGACCCGUGGAUCUUGGGAGAAAAAAAAGCAAAGCGGAAUAGAGAGAUAGUUUUGUCAUUGGCUUGUAUAUCACUGUAUCACUGUAUCACUACAUACAGCAGAAAUCAAACAUCGUUCAUUGUAUUGAAUUGGUUUUCUCCAAGAAGCACAUGCUAUGUCACUGACAUUUUUAUCCAUAAUACAUUCACGAUUCGUACUGGACAAAAAGGCGACUUAAUCAAAAAUAAGGUAAAAAAAUUGGUAUAUACUCUCAACUCGGCUCUAUAAUUAAGACCAGGUUGAUAAUACCGCCCAAUACCACAUUUAUGAUGUUUAUUCACAAGGAUACUCAUCCAGGUUAGAGGUGUUAGGCCUAUACAAAUUCUCGUCAGACUUCAUUGGUUGGAAUCGUGAUUUUGGGUAAUCCUACAUGGGCGGGCAAGAAAUAUAUGACCUGGUCUUAUACAGCCGAGUUGAGAGUAUAUUGUAUGUUUGGACCACCUACUGUAGUCACAUAUAGCUUCAAGAAAUCCAUAUAAUUUUGAAUACACUAUAAUUAGCCAUUAUAUGUUUUAGCAAGCAAAUUGUUCCAGAUGAAGAACCAACGUGCUCUAUGUUAUCAGCAGUGUAUGAUACACUAAACAACGUGCAAGGGACAUGUAGUUUUGAUUCAUGUGUCUAUCACCAUCCGAAUAAAUUAGAUGGAGGCUACGUCACCUAUUUCGAUUUCGCUCUCGUUUAUUAAAUAAAUUUCUCUUUCUACAU